GAGCCCCGUCGUGGCCACCCGGGGUCCUGGACUGAGCGAUGAGGCAGCAGCUGUGGCGAGGGCUCCUCCUGCUCCUACUGUGCUGCUGACUGACUACGCGGAAAAGCCCGAUUUCUCACCAAUUUCCUUUUCUUUCCUUUCCUCCGCCCCGCCCCGAUAAGAAGCUUCCUCCUGUCCUCGUCUCCUCCUCCCGGCCUCCCCCUCUUCUUCUCCGUCAACCCCAAAAAUCCCCGUUUAGGAACCCGCCAAGUAAGUUAGUACUACUACAGGAGAAAUCCAUCUCCCUUCUUCACCAGGCUCCGAUUCAGAAACCGCUUCCUUCCACGUACGGGCUCUAGCUGCUCCUCACCACCAGGUUCGGGACUCGGACUCGAAGCCAGCCGAGGAGCGGAUCGAGUAAAAGCGCGUCUAGCCCCGAGCCGAGACGAGGAGGAAGAGGCCGGGACACAAUCAUGGACUCGGAGCACUGGAUCUCGCGCCUCGCCGCCGCCAAGCGCUUCUACGCCGCGCAGCUCGGCCACAUCGACGGUGCAGAUAUGGCCGGGAUGGGGAUGGAGGAGGUGGAGAUGGACAUGGACAUGGAGGACGACGAGGAGAUGGACAUGGAGAUGGAGAUGCAGCUGGACGACGCCAGAUGGCCGGAGGUGGCGUGCCCGUACUGCUACGAGGACUACGACCUCGGCUCCCUCUGCGUCCACCUCGAGGAGGACCACCCCUACGAGCCCCACCCCGCGCCCUGUCCCAUCUGCUCUGAAAAGAUUACAAGAGAGAUGCUAAAUCAUAUAACCAGGCAACAUGGUUACUUGUUCAAGAAUGGCAACCGGUUGCGCAGAUUCGUUAUUCCUGAGAGCCGUGCACUUUCUUUACUGAGCCGAGAUCUACGUGAUGCUCAUUUGCAGGCGCUUCUAGGAGGCGGUCAUAGUCGUAGGUCAAGCAACACGACCACCACUACCACCACAAAUAUUUAUGCUGAUCCACUGCUUUCAUCCUUUGGGCUGGGCUUUGCAACAUCAGAUGCCGAGGGACCAUCAAAAUCAUCAGUUCUGAUUCCAGAUGAUACUUCAAUGCUUAAGGAGGCACCUCCUCAACCGUGGGAAUCAAGUAUUGACGCAUCCCUCACGAGUGAGGAAAGGGAACAAAAGCGGAAACAGGCCACUAGCAGAGCGACCUUUGUGCAAGACCUGGUGCUCUCAACUUUAUUUCAAGACGAUUGACUGCUCAAAUAGCCCUACAUCCUUGUUAGAUGGGCGCUUGUUCAUGCUGAUUUGGAUAGAAAACAACAGCACUCUGCUCGAGUUGGUGAAUCUAACUUGGGCAACAGAGAGAUGGUCUGCUGCCCCGUUUAGUGCGAAGUUGAUUUGGGCAUGAAAUACACCUUAAUUUAUGGUUGCUGCCCCGUAACAUCAUUUUUACCAAAUUAUCGGGCAGCAAUACCUUUGCCUUGAUUGUACUUGUUGUACUAUCCUCUUCAUUGUCAAGGAACAUUGGUUUUUAGUUGUACCAACAUACGACAGCUGUUACAGUACUAUACAAUGGCAAUGGCAAAUACAGAAGUUCCACUUGUGGAAACAAUGAAAGCAGAAUUCAUGUCCUUGUA